AUGGCUUCGCCUUCCGAGUUCCUCACCUUCUACCGCCGCACUGCCCGCCUCAGCACCCUGAGACAGUCUCGCCUUGUACCAGCUUCUCCCCGCCGCACCUUUGUUUCGUCAACAUGCCGUUCCAGCAGCGGUGGUAAGCUCAGCACCGACGACAGCGUCUCAAACGAAGCCUACCCCGACAGUGAGCACGCCACCGACAAGAAGGACAAGCUGGACGUUCAGAGUGCCAAUGCUGCCGAGGGCCAGAAGUAUCUACUCCCUUCUCUUGUUCACAUCAACCUCGUACUGACCCAGCACUUUUGCAGGUCCAAGAACCGUGAUGAGGGCGGCACUGCCACCCAGCGCAGAGACUCCAACAACAGCACCUCAAAGGCUAAGAAGGAGAACCCCGAGGCCCCAGACGUCGUCAUCGGAAUGCAGGAUGAGAGAGGCGGAAAGGGUGCCUAA